ACUGUACCACACAGUUUCUUUCUUCGUGUUCGUCUCCACUGAUCAAAGUAGUACACAAUGACUUCUGUAGACCUAGUCAACAGAGAUCCAAACAGCAUCAAUGACCAUAUCAAGGUCACCUUCGAAGAUGUAUUGGCUGAACCGGAGGGUGCUCAUUCCAUGGACUGCGUGUGGAGCAACUCUUACAAAUGCUUCAACUGCUGCAAGAAACUGUGCUACACCCUGAUGACCCUGUGCUGUGGCAUCUGCAUCGCCGCUGGCUGGGGCUGUGAGUUCGCCUACAUCGCCUUUGUCCACAUCUGGUACGUCACGCCAUGCUUCAAGUGCUUGGAGCUCAACUGUGGAUGUCUGCAGAAGCUGUGGGGAAUGUGCGUCCACUGUUACAUGGAUCCAUUCUGCGACUCCUGUGGCAAGCUUUUCAGCGCGUUUCGGCGUGAAUAAUGCAGAAGCCUGUGAUGCCCAUAACAAUAUCAAGCUAGUAUGAUCCCCAAUGUUGGGAAACUCUGAACUAGAUCUACUUGUCUUCCUUUAUUCUUUGUUUUACAUGAAGUGUAUAAACUAUAUGGCAAUAUUCUUUGUUAAAAUGCCCCCCUUCCCCAACCCCCUCCUAGAAAACGACCAUUGACAAAUACAACUUCUUGUAAAAAGUAAACGCACUGCAUGGCCAUUAAAAUUGAAUGGAACCAAUACCA